UCAGCACCCUAUCUGGCCCAGCUGUCCACAGAAUCCCAUCACCACCACUCCAAUUUACCGUUUCUUUCAAAGCUUUUAACCUUUUUGUGUGUGGUUUGAGGGGAUAUGGUGGAGUGCCUUGGCUCUCCAAAUCUGUUUUCCCAUGGCCCGUUGGCCGUGCUGCGUUGUAAAGGAGUAGCUUGUCCAGUUAAUGUUUCUUUCCAGAACAAUCCGCAGCUCCUGAUGCUUAACCGGCACCCAGCUGGUCUGGGUUCACUUCACUCUCUCCAGCAUAGCACCAGUGCAAUUAUACUUCCACUGAAAUCCAGAAUUCCGUCAGUGAAGUUGUGUCGAUCAUAUGCCUUGGUCAUUAGGAGUGAAAAUCCCCAAAAUGCUGAUUUUCCUCGCUACUAUUCAAGGAAGGAGAAAAAGCCUUUUCCUGUACCUGUUCUAGAGCUGAGGCGGGCUGCCAGGGAGAGGUUUAAGAAAAGUAAAGGACAGCCUAAAAAACCUUUGCCACCUCCAAAGAAUGGGCUGCUUGUGAAGAGCCUUGUGCCACUUGCUUAUGACGUGUUCAAUGCAAGGAUAACAUUGAUUAACAAUCUCAAGAAACUCUUGAAGGUGGUGCAUGUGCAUGCUUGCAGCUGCUGUAAUGAAAUUCAUGUGGGGCCUGUUGGACAUCCAUUCAGAUCUUGUAGAGGCCAAAAUGCUAAUAUCCGCAAGGGCCUUCAUGCAUGGACAAAUGCAACCGUUGAUGACAUAGUCUUGCCAGUGGAAGCCUACCACCUCUAUGACCGCCUCGGAAGGCGUAUUCCUCAUGAGGAGAGAUUUUCAAUCCCUCGGAUUCCUGCAGUAGUUGAACUCUGCAUCCAAGCCGGUGUAAAUAUUCCUGAAUUUCCAACAAAAAGGAGAAGAAAGCCGAUCAUCUUCAUUGGCAAAAAGGAAUUCGUUGAUGCAGAUGAGAGUGAACUACCAGAUCCUGUCCCAGAAGUUCCUGAGAAACCAUUAUUAAAUGAAAUACCUGAUUCAGAGAUAGUAGCCCCAUCUGAUGCAAUAGACAUUGCCUGCCUUGCUGAGGAAACACUAAGAGCAUGGGAAAAGAUGAGGAGAGGAGCCAAUAGGCUAAUGAAGAUGUACCUGGUACGGGUUUGUGGGUAUUGCCCAGAGGUGCAUGUAGGCCCUAGCGGCCACAAGGCGCAGAACUGUGGGGCACACAAGCACCAGCAGCGGAACGGGCAGCAUGGUUGGCAGGCGGCAGUGCUAGAUGACUUGAUACCACCAAGAUAUGUGUGGCAUGUUCCUGAUGUAAACGGACCGCCGAUGCAUCGGGAGCUUAGGAACUUCUAUGGUCAAGCUCCUGCUGUAGUCGAAUUGUGCAUACAGGCUGGUGCUGUUGUGCCGGAUGAGUACAAAUCAACGAUGAGGUUGGAUGUAGGAAUCCCCUCAGACCUUCAAGAAGCUGAAAUGGUAGUUUGAGGCCAUUCUUGCUUCCCCCCAAAAACUCCUCUUUCGAAUACAAUGUAAAUUAAAGUGUCUGCAGAAUAUUAAGAUUGAAUACAGUGCAAAGUUUGAAAGCUCCA